AUGCGUUUCGUAUUCCUGAGUGUGCUCUGCACUCUCCUGCUGCUGGGAACACUAUCCUCUGCGUGGCCAUGGCGGGGCAACGGUCUUUUCCUCGGAGACUCCUUGGAUAAGCGAGCAGACACCACAGAUUCGACGACCGCCGAGACCUCUGAACAGACCACCGCUGCAUCAACUGCCUCCGAGACCGCAUCCGAGACCGCUUCGGGUACCACUGGCCAGACUACCGGCACAAGCACAGGCACCGCGACCGACGAGGAGACAACCACUGGCAAGACCACGGGAACCGGCACCAACACGAAGACAGGAACUGGCAAGACCACCGCGACCACUUCGAUCUCCAUUGACCCAGCUGCCGCGGCUGGCGGUGUGUCGAUGAUCACCCCUGCCUCCUCGUCUACCACCUACUACAAGAUCGGACAGGAUGUGACUUUCGUGUGGAACUACACCUCGCUCUCAGUCACUCCCUCUGCAGUCAAUGUCGUCGCAUCGUGCAGUCUGAACUCGCAGGCUUAUACUCUCACCUCGAACAUGAGUGUUGAGCAGACCGGCUCGGUCGUCUGGGACACUGGAAAGUACCAGAAGACUGCUACCAUCCCACUGCUCACUGCUUCGUACACUCUGUUCGUCUACGAUACUAGCAAAGAGCUCGGCGACACUGCGAGUGCAGGCUACUUGAGCUCUCAGAUUGGCUACUCGUUCGGCAUGUAUUCGCCUCAGCCUUACACUUCCCUUGGCUCCUUCGAAUGUGUUACCUGCAACGGUGCUCUUUCCGCUACCAGUCGCCAAGCCUUGAAGUUCACUUUCGGCAUGGCCGUGAUCACCUUCGUCUCAUUCACGUGGUUCGCAGGCAGCGCCGGAGUCUUCGCCACUUGA